GUGCCCAUUCUUUUGAGCAUCUGCUCCUUAUUUUCAGAAUAGGUUCUUAAGUGUGAAGUCAUCAAAUAUGUUUUUUAAAUUUUUCAUAUUUGACAGCCAGCCUGAAAGGACCCCGUGAAAAACCUCAUAAUGUAAAAAUAAGUUAACUUUGUGAAAAAAAAAUGGUGCAAGGUGGACAAUGAUUCGACGUUUGCCAACGGUUAUUUUGCCUCGUAAAAAAUGGAACACAGGUCAAAUUACAGUUAUAUGUUGGGAAGCACCUGUGACUAUGUCGCCAUUUCUCUCCCAAUAUUAACUUAUUUAACUAAAACGAAUUAAAGGCUUGGGCUAACAUGAAGAAUAGACGUCAACAACAGCUACGCCAUGAUCAUCUUCAUCUUUACUUGGUUUUGAAGCAUAGGUCAAAUCUGAGCUAAACAUGAUUUCUUCCUUUCUGUUGUGGCAAAAUGUGGGCAAAAUUUCAACAAUGCAAAGCAAUGGCAAGUUGUAGACAUGACCCAGUGACAAAAAUCUAAAGGAUUGCAUACACUGGGAUAUUGUUUUGAAUUAAGAAACAGAUGAAAAUCACGCUUUUAUAUCCUGUAUUUUGUGUGUAAAAUUACUUUGAGAUUUUUAUGUCAUGAAAGUUUUCAAUACAGUCUUGAAAGUUAAAUCGAAAUGUGCCAAAAGCGUGCUGUUCAAACAGUUCUGGAUUGCAUUGCAUUUCCUUCCCAUCUGACGUCAAUGCGUUGGUUCGAAUCUGUGCAGCAUUGCAGAUUUACUGCCAACUAAUUUCAUUGUAUCGUUGAAUAAGUCUAUAUCGCGCCAUGCACGGAAGCAACAUGAAAGACUCCGUCACCGAUUAACGCAUGCGCUAACCAACAAGCACCUUUGUAAUGCGGCUACUCAUCUGUUUGUUUAGAUCAUGUGAACAGAAAAGUAUGGGAAAUUUACUCAAGCACUUUUAAGUGCGGUUUCCUUCUUACAUAUCCGCUGCCACGGUGUUUUUUUCUUGUUUACCAGAGUUACUUUAAAUACAAAAUAUUAGCUUAAAUUCGCAAUUAACUUCCUUUUAUUUAACCAGAGCAUUUUUCCCGUUUUAAUGGGUCACAGAUGCAACAAAUGCCAACAAAUUCAUCGCCAUUUUACCAGGUUACUCAGUAGCGUAGAAAGGAAAAUUCAUAAGAGGGGCGAGAAAUUUAGAUCCUCCGACGAAAAUCUAAUAAGCACUUUUAAUUUUUCUCAUAUUUGAACAUAACAUAACGACAUCAGAUCUGAAAUAAAACAAAACGAGAGAUAAACUCUUAUCCUUUAUUCAAAGUUAAGUGUCAUAUAUCAUACAAACUGAAAAAGUUUCUGUUCGCCUCAUCAAUAAAUGUAUUUUUAAGUAUCAUACCCUAUUGAAAGAGAUUGCCAAUCUGAUUCCGCACAACGAAGGAAGUCGUUAUUCAGCUUUAAAAUCUUUCCUCUUAAAAUGGAAUACUUAUAUAGAAAUAGAUAACUAUGUUAUAUUUCUGACAACAUCAGAAAUAUUUUCGACAAAAUAGCAGUUUAGCUUUGCAGGGGGUUUCAAGCCCCCUCUGACCCCCUUCUACCAACGCAACUGAGGUAACUUUUCUUUACAUGGAGCUUAUUAAACGAGAGAUCGACUAGUUAUGAUGUUUCUGCAUAGUUUGAAAUCACGAAUCGGCACUUUGUCUCCGAAACAUGUACACAACUUUUGUUGCAACAUAGAGAUUGAACCUUGUAAUAGACUUGAUACUGUUGGUAAUGAGCCAUUGCUUUUGUAUAUUUUGCAACAAAUUUUGAUAAUGAGAUAAAUCGAAAUUUUAAUGUUGAUUGGUUACAGAUAUUUGCUAGGACUUGCUGCAACUAAUGCAACUAAACGCGUAAUCAUUCUCAAAUAUUUAGUUUCCAGAAGUUCAGUUUCAGUUCAGUUCUUAUUUUUCAAUUCCACUACAUUCAAUUUAUCGCUAUUAAACAAACAAAAUAGCUAAACUACAAGAAAAUAAGACGAUGUUACAUAAAAAGCAUACAUCGGUGAGUGAAAUUGUUACAAUAUAAAUUCAAGGAAAUAAAGAAAAGAAGAUCAAUUGUAUGGAGGCAAAUUCUUAAGGAGGAGCUGCCAAAAGGCUAAAGUGGAGCCUAGAAGAGGCCAAUAAACAUCGAAAGAAUAUCCUUGCUUACUUCGUAGGCCUCUUCGUAGAUUCAUCUUUUAAUUAAAUUAAAUUAUAUUUUUUUUGGUAUUUUUAUAGUUUUUCGAGUCUUCAUUUCAUCUAGGUGUCAUAGAUACCUUUCCGAUAAAACCUGACCGUGCCAGAAUGUAUUCGAUUUGCCAAGGCUUCGUUCCUGUUUUUUCAUGCUUCAUGGGAUCUUGCUCCCAGUGGGGAGGGUGUGAAGAAUUGGCCCAAACUUUCUUUUGUAACAUGGUGCAUGUGCCUUCACUUACCCUUUUACGUUGAAUAAAGAGGUCUUCCUUAUUCUUUCUAUAAAGCAUUACUAGUAUUCUCUUGAGAUGAAAUUGUAAUAGAAUUUUUCCUCACAUGCAGCAGAACUUCGUUCUUAAUUCAGUCGAUAUUACAAUUUAAACCCAGCCCUUUGUGGAAGGAAUUAUUUAAAAGGCUAAGAGACGAGUUUGCACUCUUUCAGUCCGUGGUCAAGCUGCUGAUUCUGUAGUCACCUCCCUUAUACUCUUAUAGCGUACAGUAGUUGUGCUUAGAGAGUAGGCGCAAGGGCCCUGGCGAAGAAGUGUAAGUAAAAUACCUUCUUUUUAAUGCUUAGUAUCACUUUAGGCCUUUCUCUUUGGAAAGAGGGGGCCUCUUUUGAAGAAGUAUUGACGUAAAGCACGAAGGACUGUUUUUGGCCUUUAUAAGGGUUAGAGCAUUUGUUUGUUUAUUAACCAGCCAAAUUAGAACAUUAAUUACAUUCACGUCUUCAUAGUUCAGUUUUAUAUAUUUUUUCAUCUAGGCCUGUAAGUGACAUGUUAAAGUAGUUGAUUGGUUCAUCUUUUGAAUCUCGCCACUCAGAAAUCGCCCCAUUGGUAGUAUGUAUAGGGCAACGUGUCACUCUAUCUUCAUUCCGUGCAGUUUUUGCCAAAGAUAAAUCUGAUAAAUCAUUUCUACUUAAUGGCUUUGUGAGCUAUUAAAGGUGCCCUGCCCAGUUAAUCUUCCCUUUUCCUACCAGAGACCUACUCAAAAUCUUAAUGUUUUCUAGCAAAUGCAAAACGUCGUUUGGUAAUUAUGUCACUUGUUUUUCUUAGUGUUUACCAAUAAGAAACAUCAAUAUAAUCAGUAACAAUAAGUUAUAAAGAUGUAAUAAGUUUAAAACUCAAUCACAUUCGGGGUUGGUGAGUUUUUGUUGCUGUUAACUCUCGAUGAUAAACACUUAAGCAUUGCUGCUUUUUGCAUAGAAAUGCACGUUGUUCUCUAGGGACAACUCAAAGAUACCAACAGCUGGUAAGCUCUUUCUUUCUCCCACGAGAUAUGAAAGACCUCAUAUGCUCUAAUCCUUUGAGAUCAGUCAAUUGCAUCGAAUCUGGUAUCAAAACAGAAAAACAUCACCUAGAAAAUGCACUCAGCAGCUGGUGUCAAAAUUGAAUCAUAAUAAAAGUAGAACUGGACACCUACGCGAAUCCAUUAUCAUAAUGCAGCUUGACUGUUUCCGAAUCCACAAUCAGAUACGCCUUGAAUUCAUGGUUUCAGGUAAUAAAAUCUUAGCAAAGCUGGACGGGGUUCACUAGGGGGUCUGUGAAAUAACCUUUUUGAAGGGAAAUCAGCUGGGGGAACCUUUAUUCUUGGAAAAAGAAAGUAAAUAACCUAUUGAUUUUAAACAAUGAAUGGACACUGAGGCUGGAGAGGCGAUUGCCCUCCAAAAUAGUGUGUUAAAAAUGCUCUCUGAUAUGUGGUUCUGCAUUACUGCAACUGUUUUAGGCCGCAAACAAGAUGAUACUAAAUCAUCUUGUUUGAUUAUAAAUUAAGAUGAUGACUAUAUUUUAACAAGAUGAUUAUAAACUAAGCUAAAAUAUGACCAAAAUUGGCAAAAGCUGCAAAUACUGAAUUAUGUGAACAGUUAUUUGUCAGUACAGAACAGAAUUUUUAAAAUGGCUUUGAAAAAAGCAAACAAUGUUUAUCUUAUUAUGUACAUGAUCUAUUAUGUAUUAUGUCUGGGAAUAUACUUCCCAUUGUGUUCUUUCGAAACAUGAUAUUGACGUUUUAUGCUUUGAAGAGUGUCAGACGAAAAAGCUUUAAGUCGUAUGUUGUGAAAUGUUUGCUUUUUUAAAGCCAUUUUUAAAAUUCGAAAAAAAAUUGUUGAUUCAAUAAUAUAUUUACUUUAAUCAAUUAAAGUUUGAAUGGAUCGCCUUGUCUUGAUUGGUCACUGCAACGAAGGUACAACAAUCUUUUGCCAUAACAGUAGCAGAGCAAAAACUUUUCGUUUGUUUUUUCUCCAUAGUAAUUCUUAUAUUUAAGGCCAGCAAUUUGUGACUUUCUUUAUAAAGGUUGAUGCAUUCAAGUAUCGUUGAAAGAAAGUAAUUCAAAAAAGCUCUUUUUUAAUGAAUGGUUGGAAUCAGAGGCUUUGUUAAAGAUUUUUUUACAGAUGCUGAAUUAAGGUGUUGUGAGUGAUGAAUUAUGCAUUGUUUUCGCUCUUUUUUGCCAUCUGCUGAAUUUGCUACAAUUCUAAUGUUUCCGUGACAGUUCUUCUUGAAAGCUGUUAUGAAGAGUGCUGAGCGGUUUUAUUCUCAGCAGAACUAAGGAAAAAUUCAUAAGCAUUUAUCGAAGCAAAACUCUUCUCACGAUUGAUUUUACAAUGAAAGGGAGGCUUAACAGACCAGCAGUGUACAUGCUGACCUCUUUCUGGAGGAGUAAUAAAACGCCAAUUGCAUUUCACUUCUAGUAUAUUAAGAGUAUCGUAUUACAAUUAUCACAUACAAUGGGAUACAUUUACAUAUGAACAUUGUGUCAGUCCUAAAAACACACUUAUUAUUUACCAAGUUCUGUAUAAAUCGGUCUUGCAUAUUACAUUUUUAAACCAUUUUUAACAAACUACUUGCAAUUUCUUCACAGUUUAAAAAUGACGCUUUAUAAUUCUUCAGCAUGCCAAAUGUCAAUUAUUGCUCAUACCCAAACCUCUUCUUGGCAUACAAAUCAACAUAGUUUGCAGUCCUAUUCUGGCAGAAAGCUGCCUACGGACAAAAUUGUCUUUCUUUCUAUUUGCAGUUACAAUCACAUUAUCAUUUCCUACUGGGAAACGUUAUUACCCAAUCUUAAGCGUUAAAGACCGUUAAAAUCCCAUUGAUAUGAAGCUUGCACUGACUGUUUUAGAUAUCAUUCUUUUUCAAAUUUAAGAUGAAUCGCAAAAUGAAUGACAGCUUGAGGCUGUUCUUUUGGAUGAUGAUAUGCCAAUCUGCACUGGCAAGAAUUUUCAACGACAGAUCGAUUGCUGAGAAGGUGCCAGCCGAAUUGAAAAGCAAGGUCGAUGCACUUCUGCAAGAAAAACUACAAAUAUUUCUUAGAACAUUUUUUGGAGAGGAUUUUGAGCAUGCAACAUCGCAAGUUGAAGAAAAUUUAGUUGGAGAGAGCAGGCCCUACAAAGGAGGAGAAUACUUGCAUUUCCAGAGACCUCAAAGGGUUCGCAGAGGACUAAGCAACGAGACAUCGAAUUCAUCAGCACCCUUAGAUGGUGGGUACUCUAGCUGGUCUACAUUUGGCCCAUGCAGUGUCUCUUGUGGUGGUGGUACACAACAAAGAAUUCGCACGUGUAACAACCCUUCCCCGGCGAAUGGUGGAAAUAAUUGCUCUUUGCUUGGAAAUUCCAAAGAAACGCGGAGCUGUAAUGUAUUUCCAUGCAUGGCAGAAAGCUACACAUUGAAGCACUUUAACCCACUGCCAAAAGUAUCACUUCUCGAGCCGUGUGACGUCAAAAAAUUCACGAUAGAAAAAAAGCAUUACUUUGCCGUGGCAUACAUGACAGAACUGCACGUGUUCAAAUGGAACCAAACCAGACAGACGUUUUCUCUUCAUGGUCCAACAAUUCCUUUACAUUCAGCCUAUUGCUUCGACGUUUUCAGUAAGGGUGAAGAUCACCUCAUGGUCAUAGGAGAAGGCUUCAAAGUACCCUACCUAGAAGCAAGCGUUUCUAGGGUUCUGAGGUACAAUAAACAGACAGAUACAUUUGAUGACCGCGACAAAAUUAUCAUCCCCGUAUCAUCACACGAGAAAGUGAAAACAUUCAAAGUCCAUGGAAAGCCUCAUGCUGCUUUUAUUGCACAUGCUAGCCAAUCUCCUGGAUUGGAAAUAACAACGACAGCCUGUGAUACGAACACUGCCAUCUUGAAGUGCGCACCUGACGCAAGGAUCACAAUAAAGUCUGCUUUCUACGGGCGAAAGAGUUGGUCUGUGUGUGCCCACGGCUGGUAUUUCAAUAUCAAUGAGUGUUCUGCACCAACAGUGUUUCCCACCAUUGCUGCUUUGUGUGACAACAGAAGUUCCUGUACCAUAAAAGCUCCACCAGAUGGGGUACCAGAUCCUUGCCCGGUGUUCACAAAAUAUCUUACUAUUGUGCAUGUUUGUGACAGAUACAGUGUAAAAACAAAUCCAAAGAUUUAUGUGUGGGAGAAUAACGCCUUCCAGCUCCUGUUGAAUAACAAACUUGAAGUCUAUGGUGCAACAGACAUUGAGGCAUUUUCCAUUCACCACAAAAGUUUCCUGGCUGUUGCAAAUUCCAAAAAUGACGAAGGGGAAACUCAAAUUGAUUCUGAAAUCUUCAUCUAUUCGCCAACAGCUAGAGCUUUUGAAUCUUUCCAGAAACUAAGAACAGAGGCUGCAAAUGACUGGGAGUUCUUCUCAAUUGGCGAAGGCCUAACAACGGAAUACUUUUUAGCUGUUGCAAACAAGUAUAAAGUUGAUUCAAAACAACGAAGAUUUUAUGAAACAGAAUCUGUUAUUUAUAAAUGGAACUGGAAUCUGUUUGUGCCGUUUCAAUGCAUAAAAACUACAAAUGCACAGAAAUGGAAAUCAAUUAAAGGAAAAGAUGGCCGAUUUCUGCUGGCUCUUAAAAGUGGAAACAAUGGAACUAUUUCUUAUUUUGGUUAUGAUGGUUGGCGGUUCUUUCGCUACAAAACGAAAGAAGACUUUCCUGGGUCAUCACAUUCGAUUUCUCUUAUAUACAGCUUUAGCAUCGACAACCAGACAAUGCUUUUAGCUCAUCGUAGCGAUUAUGCAAAUAAUGUCUCCAAAACAUCAAAUCUGUUCGAAGUAAAGUUUGUUAAAGAGUUUGCCAAGUUUUCAAUGAUAAAUCAUACAUUGUCGAAAAUCCACGAGGUUAACGGCUCACUGAAUAAGCUUUCGGCUAGAGUAGAAUCGAUGAUUCAGAAUAUGGUCAUGCUUAAUGGGACAAACAAUAUUUCAGGCCACAAGACAUUCGAAGAUGUUACAGUUCUUGGAGAUAUUACAACAGUCAACGGGAGCUUUGGCACGGUACAGCUUUCAGCAGAAGAUCAAGAGACAAUAAACAGGCAAAGAACACUGCAGCUGGAUAUUGUCAAACGAGAAAGCGAGCUACAAAAGCUUCUAGCUGAGUCACAAAAGUUGUUAAGCAAGACUAAAAGUCAAGUUGUAACGGGUGAUUAUGAGUUCACAGGACCUAUUGUAAUCAAUUCGUUGACGGCAGCCGAUAUAAAGGUCUCUGCCACUGUGAAUCACAUCGAUGUUAAUAGAUUAGCUAAUAAUGCAUUAUAUAUCGAUCAAAGUUAUACUAUUUGGGGAAACAAAACAUUUUCUGAUGAUGUUAUUUUCAGAAAAAGUCUUACGGUUAAUGGGAAAAUCGAUGGAGUCAACACUUCAGACCUUGUGCUCCUAACUACAGACCAAGUUAUCUUCGGGCGAAAAACAUUCGCUGGUGAUGUCACCUUUAACGCAAGUGGAAGUUCAUGGAAGAAUUUAGAAAUCAGAGGCCUUGUUAACGGACAUAAUAUUUCUCAUCAGGAACUGAUGACUGUUUGGGGCGACCAGACUGUAACAGGUAAUUACAACUUUUCAGAUAACGUCACAUUAGAAAAAGAUAUGACAGUGGGCCUAGUCAACAGCAGAAAUUUGACCAAACUGUACGAAGAUGCAGUUCUGCUCCAUUCAACGCAGAACAUAACAGCACGCCAAACAUUUGCUGGUGAUGUUGAUGUCGAAGGUAGUUUGAUCAUGGCGCCUGGAAAGCUAGUAGAUGGAGUUGAUGUUUCAGCACUAAGCCAGGAUGUGCUAAGCAGAACUAAAGACCAAAAUAUCACUGGAUCAAUCCAUUUCAACGGCAAUGUAUCGUUCAAUGAUGCAUUGCGGGUAGAAGGUUUGAUAAAUGGUAUUGAUGUCGCGAAAGAUAUUGUUUACCUUUCGAAAGACCAGGUCAUCACUGGAGACAAAGUCUUCAUUGGAAAUUUAACCUUGCAUGAUAAUAUUGAUGUGGCUGGUUUGGUAAACGGAGUCAAUAUCUCAGGUGAUUUGAUGACGGUGAGUGAUGACCAAGUCAUAACUGGUCAGAAGACUUUUGAUAAUGACUUGGAAGUACAAGGGGACAUAAUGAUGGAGGAAAAUAUGACUGUGGAUGGGGUCGAUGUUUCAGAAUUAGCUGAAAAUGCGAUGUACAAGCACAUUCCACAAACAAUUACCGGAGAUAAGGUAUUUGAAAGAAUGAAUGUAAACGACAUGACAGUAAAAAGCAACAGCAGUUGCUAUAUACUUGAAUUGCUGACGAAUCUUACUGACAAAACCGUGAAAACAAACACACCAGCAAACAUAACUGGUACAAAAACCUUCACAAAGAAACUUUACAUCUUAAAUGACUUGAAUGUAGCUGGGUAUUUAAAUGAUGUUAGUGUUCCUCAAGACAUGGUUCUAUUGAAAAAUCCUGGCAUCAUUCGUGGCGUGAAAACAUUUCAAAAUAUUAUUGCUAUGAUGGGCGAUGUCAAAGUAGAGGGGACAGUAAAUGGCCAGAAUAUAACAGAACUGUAUCAAACUGCAUUACGUUUGACCGGAGACCAAGUGAUCACUGGGAAGAAAACCUUUAAAAGUGGCAUCAGAGUCAAGAAAAAUUUAAAUGUUACAGAGUCGUUGAACAGCAUAAAGAUACCUGAUGAUCUUGUACUGCUGAAAGGAAGCGAAGAAAUCCGCGGACAUAAAACCUUUGGAGGACCUGUUCAUGUUGAAAGUUUAUUUGUGGAUGAAAUGACUGUUCAUGGCUUGAUUGACGGAGUGAAUAUUACAGAGCUCAACCGAACCCUAAUUCGGAAGUCUGGUGACCAAAUAAUAAGGGGUGACGUAUCGUUUGAGAAAGGCUUCGUCGUCACUGGGAAUUUGAACACUGGUGGAAAUAUCAAUGGGUAUAAUUUGACUGCAUUGAAUGAAGAUGCGAUGAGAAUCACAGGAGACCAAGUCAUAACUGGAAGAAAGACAUUUGCAAGCUCCGUGUCGGUUACUGGUUCAUUAACAGUAGAUGGAAGAGUAGAUAAUGUCAAUUUAACCGAACUUUCUUUGAACGCUGUUUCUUUGGAUGGGGACCAGAAAAUUCAUGGUCAGGUAAAUUUUUCUUCGGACGUCACAGUGGAAGGCAAUGUCGAGGUUUCUGGUCUCGUGAAUGGCAUCGAUAUAAAUAGGCUUCAAAAUGAUGCCUUGUAUAAAGUUGGUAAUCAAACUAUAUUAGGAAAACUCGCCUUUAAGAACUUGACUGUAAAGGGAGACGUGGAUUUGAAUGGGACAAUAAACGACAUUGAUGUAUCAGAAGAUGUUGUUAAGUUGCAUGGAAAUGAAGCAAUGGCAGGUCAAACCUUUGUAGAUGAUAUGUUGAUCAGGGGGAACAUGAAUGUGACUGGGUUGAUCAACGGGGUGAACGUAAGCCAACUGGAUAAAGAUGCCGUCAAGUUAAACGGUUUGCAGGUUAUCGAAGCAAAGAAAACAUUUUCUGAUGACGUCAUCAUUCUCGGGAACUUUACUGUAGAUGGGCUGGUGGAUGGUGUCAAUAUCACUGAACUCAGCAAAACAGUACUUGAUGUAGAUAGUGACCAAAUUAUCCAAGGUUCUUACGUCUUUAAAGACAACAUUACUUUUAUCGAUCCAAUACAAAUAUCAGGCUUAGUCAACGACAUUAACAUCACUGAUUUCAGUCAAAAUGUUGUUACAAAAAGUACAAACCAGACAAUUCUGGGAGAAAAGAUUUUCAAGAAAUUCAAAUCUAAGAGGAUGGACGUUGGAAAUAAUGUAAAUGUGCAAGGCCUUAUAAAUGGAAUCGAUUUGUCAGAACUUGAUAAAAGGACAGUGAGAAUCUAUGGCAAGCACAUUAUCAAUGGAAUUAAAACGUUUACAAAGAAAACUACUUUUGAAGGCAGUUUGAUUGUUAAUGGAACGGUUAAUGGAUUUGAAAUUCCACAGGACCUCGUACUCUUGUCAGGGAAUCAAACUGUUAACGGUAAAAAGACCUUUGAAAAUGGCAUUCGUAUUGAAGGAGACCUCAGUGUUAGUCCAGGAUCAACAGUUGAUGGGGUCGAUGUGUCUGAGCUAGCGAAAAAUGCUGUGUAUUUGAACAAAACCCAGAUAAUAUCAAGCCCAAUGCAAUUUGCCACUGACCUCCACAUACCUGAAAUGAGGAUCAAUGGAUUGGUGAAUGGGGUGAACAUUUCUAAAGAAAUCCUGUUUUUGAAAAGUGGAAAGCAAGUUGUCACUGGUAAAAAGAUGUUUGAAGAUGUUGUCGUUGAAGGUGAUUUGAAUGCAGAAGGAAGAAUAAGUGGUGUGGACCUUCACGAAAUUAACCGUACCUCGAUGUUUACUGACAGAGACAACGUUGUUACUAGCAAGAAAAUCAUCAUUGGCGAUGUUCAUCUGAAAGAAAAUGUAACGGCUAAGUCGAUCGAUGGUGUCGACAAUCUUCAACAACAUUACUUGACAGCAAAAGGCACACUAGAUCCAAUGAUUUCAAAGCUAAAUGCAUCGGUAAUGAAGCAGCAACAGGCAAUUGAUAGCUACGUAGAAUCAACACAGACCUUGAGGCAAAAGCUAGAAUACUUUGUAAGUGAGCAGAUAAUGUCAGUGGAUAGCAACGUAGCAUCAUUCGAUGCAAUUGGUUACAACGACACUGCAAUGCUGAUCACGGCUGACCAACGUACCAAUAAGAACUCAACUAUUUACAACAGAAAUUCUGCUACCAAAAUCUUUGUUCCGGCGAACAAGAUUGCGCUCUUUGGUGCUGCAGAUAUCAAGAUAUUCAAUGAAAAUGGCCAAAUAUACACAGCUGUGGCAAACAGCGACUCGUCAAAUCCUGGAGCGGAUCGAAGUGCCAUUUACAGUUUGAAUGUGAAAAACGGGUUCUCGUAUUCGAAAAGAGAUUCGUACGAUACCAGACGACCAAAAGUUGUUCACGUUACGGCAUUCGGUAAAAGUCAUAUCGUGACGUUUUCAAACACGUACAAUGCAACAUCAUCCACACCCAACUGUGUAUCCACAACUCCGUUGCUCUACAAUCUCUCAAGCGGUCUUUUCCGUCCAUUGGUUUCUUUCUUUGGAUGCGGCAUUGUGAAAGUGAUCACAAAGCAGAUAGAUUCAAAGCAUCUCUUCGUUGCCUUUAUCCAAACUACAGUACAUGGCGGUAAGGAGGUACUGGUGUACACGGUAAGUGACAAGGGGGUGUAUGCUCCUGCGCAGACGAUCACGACUUAUGUUGCAACAGAUCUGAUCUUCCUCGAAGCAAAUGGAGAACUGUUCCUGGCCAUUGCUAACCAGUACCAGUCAAGUGAUGUUUCCGUAGAGAAAGACGCUCGAGUUCCUAUUCUAAUAUACCGGCAUGACAAAGCUCUGAAACGAUUCAUUCGAUACCAAGAUCUUGUGAUUCUUGGAUCGCAAUAUCUUGAUACAUUCACAAUCGACAAUUAUGCUUAUUUGAUUGCUACGAGCAAAGAUCAAGGCACUACUAUUUUCCAGUUCUUUGGCAGUGGAAAAUUUGCCAAAGUUAAUUCAAUUCGAAGCAAAGGAAUGAAAAAUGCAAUCAAACUAAGAGCGUGGACAGUAAAGGAUGAAAUAUUUGUUGGAUUGUUAUCUACAGAAACGGCAGAUCACAAUACGUUAGAAAUUUUCAGAGCUGUUAAAAGUGUUCCUUUGACUGCAACGCAGCUGAGGGAAAAAAUUGAAGCUGCCAAGAAAACUGGAGAGUAAUAAAUGUUGACUGACAUAAGAUUUAAUAAUUUGUACUAACGCUGUGUUAAGCCUAACAUUUUACGAAAAAAUUCCUUCAAUGGAUACGAAAUAUUGACCUAAUGAUGAUAAUGCCUCAUGUAUUAAAGAUAUUUGCUAAAUGACACACAACUUUGCAGGUCCUCCGAGAAAUGGGUCAAUGGCCAUUACUUUUUC